GGAGGUCUCAACUCACACCUCAAGUGCCGAGAUGGAACUGAGGGCCGACGACUUGACAACAGCCUCUAUGCGCGCCGACAUCGCGACCCUAUCUCUGCAUAGGAGCGGCCAUGUACCCUCACCUGAGGAAGCCUACCUGCUGAAGAAAAGGAUCGCUAUUUUCGAAGAGGAGAUCUCUGCAUCACCCUCGUCGACUUCUGCUCUCGCCGACCACCUCGCUCUACACAAGGCCCUUCUGUCCCCCAUUCGCCGACUGUACCCCGAGAUACUGUCGUAUAUAUUCACCCUGGCAACUCCUGAGGAUUGGUACGAGAAGAAAAGUGGAACAAUUGCUCACCCGUGUACUCAGAUUUGCUUUCUCUGGCGCGAGAUCACCAUAGGUACUCCCGUGUUAUGGAGUACGAUCAAUAUCUUCGUAGGGAUGCCGGACGAGGAGCGUUUAUUCGGCUUUGAUCCCGAUGAGGAGGACGAGGAUGAUAGCGGAAUCCCCGUGUCUGAUUUCUUUGAGUCCGACUCCAUCGAUGCCAAUCCCUACACAUGGUAUGAAGAGGAGGAUGCAGGCGACUCGGACGACGACGACAACGGUGCCUCCUCAGGUACGGUGGCGGAAGAGAAGUGGGCGUUGAUUACCACGACAUACAUCGAGCGCUCAGCACAAAGGCCGCUCUCUAUCACGUACGGCGCUGGGAGGGAGUAUGUCAAUCGAUCUGCAAGCUCUGAGCGAAGCUGGAGACUACUCGCGCAGGAGAAGGCAAGGUGGAUGUCUGCCGACCUUACAGUCCCCGUCGAGGUCUUCCGCGUCAAAGGGCCGUCCAGGCCCGUCCCCCUCCUGGAAUCUUUGCGCUUGAGCCUGUACUCAGAGGCGCACGACCAAUACAGCCCGCUCGACUUCUUUUGGGAUGCUCCUCUUCUUCGUCAGAUCGUCAUUGAUCCCCACGCUAUACCGACUGGGGAGGAGACUAUAUUGCCGCCGUGGUGCCCAACCGAUCUCUGUGUCUGCGGACAUACACCACGGCCAUAUAACGUGAUAGAUGCUGGUCGGCUCAUAAGGCAAUGCGCGUCUACGCUCGAGAACGGUGGCAUAUGGGUCUCCCAGAUCACAGGCGACGAAGAUGUGCCGCCGGCGCUGAUGACAGACUUUCCUGCCCUUCGCUCCCUCGUUGUUCUCGACGAAGCAUUCGAGAUGUUGGGCUUCAUCCGCUCCGCGCCGGAGCUGCAGAGCGUUCUCCUGCGCGAGACGACGAGCGCACGCACUGGGCUUUUACAGCUACAGGCAUUCUCUGCGAUGCUGGCCCGUGCGUCGUGGCCUUCCCUGACAUCACUCACCCUCCUUGACGUUCGAGCGCCGCCCGAGGCGGCUAUCGAGUGCUUGAGGGCCGCCAGUAUGCUCUCAGAGCUCGUCAUACGCGACGAAGACCUCAUGCGCUACUUAUCUCAGGAGGAGGAGAGGUCAGGGCCAAUGGGGAUGAACAGUGAUCUCCUGCGGGCGCUGACGCGCUCCCCCGACAAGCCAGACUCGUGCGAGCUCCUGCCAAAUCUCUCCCGCCUCGAGGUGCAUGGGAUACGCGGCGACCAUAUGAUUGCCACAGCGGCGAAGGAGCUGGUGCAGAUAUUCGCAGACAUGAUAUACUCCCGGGCGCACGCACUGCACGGCCAUGAGUCCUUGCAAACGCUGACUGAGUUCUCCAGUUCAGUCACACCGCUAGAUAAGUUGACGAUAGACUACGUGCAAGAGUUUGGGAACGAUAUCAGCCAUCUGUCCACGAGCAGAACCGCGGACGAGGGGGACGAGCGUACGUCUUUCUCAGUGUCCCCUCCGAAGUGACGUUUCCGACGGCCGAUUUUCAGCGGCUGUCUGUCCCACCAAACCCGCAUAGUCGUAUCCUUUCAAAGUUUGCGAAUCAGG